CAGUGGUGAAUAUAAUGUACUAUUGAAAAGAGAACAUUGGUGUAAAGAGCGGAUUAGAAAUCACACCGAUGACUACACUUCCUGUAGGCUAUUAUUUACGAUUGUAAUUUCCCAUGGUGUGCACUGUACUGUAUUAUCUCACUGUAAAAAACCACUUCGGUCACACACACAAACAUGCACUGUUUAUGGGCGGUGCUUGGAGCCGCUAUACAACUGCACAGUGGACCAGAAUCUGUGUUCCGUGAGGCACCAAUGCGUGAAACAACCGUAGACACAGAAAAAAAGAAGCGUAACACCUGAUGGUUAAAAACAAAGCUAGACUAUUUCAAGGGCGAUACGUUAUGUAUGUAAAUAUUGGUGAUUCAAAGUGAUACUUUGUCAUUAUUAUAAGCGGAAAAAGUAGUGUAUUAUUUUUUUAACCGGGACUGUUUGGAGUUGACAGUCUAUGUAUGACGAGCCGAUUAUAGAUUACUUGUUUCCCCGUUCGAAAAACGUUGUACUUUUUUUGGGAUACAUUACAGUGGAAGAACUCUCAUCACAUGCAAACAAGCGAUGGAAACAAAGACGUUUCAGGGCCGACGCUGCAAAAAAAGAGCUGCUUCUCUCUGCUUCCCUCACCUGACAGCUGGAUGUUCAGAGGGAAGAAGAGGAAACAGAUGAGGGAUGUGGACUCUCUCAGCCUGUGCAGUCUGGACAUCAACGAGCCCAGUAACAAGCGGGUGAAGCCCCUGUCCCGCGUCACCUCGCUGGCCAACCUCAUACCUCCAGUCAAGACUGCUCCUCUGAAGCGCAUAGGACAAACACUGCAGCGUUCCAUCAGCUUCCGCAGUGAGAGUCGGACGGAGACGCUCAUGCCUCCUCGACCAUGGACGCGGCCGGCCCCGCCUGCCAACACCAAGCGACGAGACAGCAAGCUGUGGAGCGAGACCUUUGACGUGCGGCUCGGACACCAGAUGCUGUCCUCUAAGGAAAUCAAACGCCAGGAGGCCAUCUUUGAGCUUUCUCAGGGUGAGCGGGAUCUCAUUGAGGAUCUGAAGCUGGCCAAGAAGGCGUACCAUGACCCCAUGCUGAAGCUGUCCAUUAUGACAGAGCAUGAACUCACCCAGAUCUUCGGAACCCUGGACUCCCUCAUUCCGUUGCAUGAAGAUCUGCUGAGUCGAUUGCGAGAGGCCAGGAAACCAGACGGCUCUACAGAAACUGUGGGACACAUUCUAGUGGACUGGUUACCAUGUCUGGACUCCUACAACUCAUACUGCAGUAACCAGGUGGCAGCCAAAGCUCUGCUGGACCAUAAGAAGCAGGAUCACCGGGUGCAUGACUUCCUGCAGCGCUGCCUGGAGUCGCCCUUUAGCAGGAAGCUGGACCUGUGGAACUUCCUGGAUAUACCCAGGAGCCGUCUGGUCAAAUACCCUCUGCUGCUCAGGGAGAUCCUCAAACACACACCUAACGACCAUCCGGACCGUCAACACCUGGAUGAGGCAAUCAACAUGAUCCAGAGCAUCGUGGCUGAGAUCAACACCCAGACGGGUGAGUCUGAGUGUCGCUUCUACAAGGAGCGUCUCCUCUAUCUGGAAGACAGCCAGAGAGACCUGCUCAUUGACAGCUCCCGCAUCCUCAGCUGUCACGGGGAACUGAAGAACAACAGGGGCGCUAAGCUGCAUGUGUUCCUGUUCCAGGACGUGCUGGUCAUAACCAGGGCCAUCACCCACAGCGAGCAGCUGCACUACCAGCUGUACCGCCAGCCCAUCUCAGUCAGAGAGCUGCAGUGGGAGGACCUGCAGGACGGGGAGAUCCGUCUGGGGGGCUCCAUCAGAGGGGCCUUCAGCAACAACGAGAGGACCAAAAACUUCUUCAGAGUGUCGUUUCAUAGUGGCGGCCAGCUCCAGUCCCACUCGUUCCAAGCCAGCGAUGCCUUCAACAAACAGCAGUGGCUCAACUGCAUCCGCCAGGCCAAAGGGGCCGCUGAGUCGGCCGUGGGGGUGGGGAUUCCUGUAGGGGUGGGAACCAGUAGCAGUGACCCAGACCCCCGUCCAAGCCUACUCAGCCCCCAGAGACCUCUGAGUCCUACAACACCUCCCCUCUCAGGAGCACUGGCCCCCCAGCCAGAGAGCAUGGACCACAGUGACAGUGACUCGUCUGUAGACUCUCCAGAUUGUAGCAUGGACAUGGACACGGCCGAGGCUUCUGACUCCACCACAGGCUGGCCUGGCUCUGCCCAGAUGGACCAAACAGACUCUAGUAGCAGCAGCAGGCCAGCAGAAGUGUGACCACUGGGGUGUCAAGGCUACACCUGGGCAGUAUUGGUGGUAACAUGGCGAUGUUCUUUAUAUGCGGGAGGGAGGCAACACAGUGGGUGGAUAUUGUAGAGCACUUCUUUUCUCUACCCCUUUUUUUCAUUUGUUGUUUUUCUCUUAACUUUCUUUCUAUGAGACAGUGGUGUAGUCUAUAGCAGUGGUAUCCAUGUGUCUUAGCUGUGACUGGCAGGUCUACUAUGGAUGUCUACAUGGAGAGGAAGGCAGCCAUGACUGGGACCUCAGGACAGUAUUGUUGUUGUUGCUCCUGCUCUGACUCUUGACCUCUGCUGUGGGUGGAGUCCUCCUACCCUACAGACAGGCUCCUCUCAUCACCUUCUCACCACAACUAGAAACACUGCCACCACCUCUUAUCCCACUGCACUACUACUGUGGUCUCCCAGAGCAAAGAGAAUACAUGGAUGAUAUUCUUUUUAUAUAUAUAGAAUAUAUUGUAUGUAGGAAUCUAGAGAAUCUGUUGCGUUUGCAAUAAUUGACCCAGUCAAAAUGACCAGAAGAAUGUUUUCAAAGACAAUCAAUAUGAUGAUAUGUUGUUGUUGUUGUUGUUAGGACUUGACAUGGAGUUAGAGUUUAUUUUGUUAAGGAUGGGUUACAACAGUGUUAUUGGGGCAUAGUUGUUUGCUACAGAUUCUUCCCACAUCUUGGCCAGAACUAUGAUGUUCCAGAACUAUGGCGUUCCAGAACUAUGGCGUUCCAGAACUAUGGUGUUCCAGAACUAUGGCGUUCCAGAACUAUGGCGUUCCAGAUCUAGGGCGUUCCAGAUCUAGGGCGUUCCAGAUCUAUGUCGUUCCAGAUCUAUAGCGUUCCAGAUCCAUGGCGUUCCAGAGGUCAGCAAUUGGCAUCUAGAACUGGCCUCUUGGUAAUGUAACCUAGUAUAAACACAUCACUCAGAGGGGAGAGCUGUUAUUAUUGGUGGGUCAAGCUGGUUUGAUUAAUUGGGUGUUUAUUUUUUAUAUCCUGUCUAAAGUUAAAUUCUGCAUUGGUGGGAAAGGGCUCAUAAGUGAGCAUUCACUGUAGUCUACACCUGUUGUAUUCUGCGCAUGUGACCAUUUUUUUUUAUUUUAAAUUAAUAUGAGUUCAAAAAAAAUGAUAGGACCACCUAUUUCUCCACAAGUAGGAAGUGGGAACAGAAGCAUUUUACAGCAUGUAAACAGCCCUUCCUGGAGGAAGCAAGAUUCUCCGUGGUGUUAAGAGUCAAUGUCUUACAGAGAAGCUUUGUAUUAAAAACAGUAUUACAUUAAUUGCUUUUAGUGUGUUUUAGUAGUGUCAGGUUUUUAUCACCCACAAAGUUCUUUACUCACUGGACAUUUUUGUAAAAAGCGAUGCUGAGACUUUUGUAUGGUUUAAAGAAGUAGUCGCAUGUGUCAUAGCUAAACUCAGACCAGUCCUCUGUCACUGGGUGCUCUCGGUGUUGAACUGAUAAACUAGGACUGCUAAAUCAUUGGCAAAAAUGUGUACGUGUCGGGUAAUUAUAAUCUUGUGCAAGUUUACUUGUGGGGCCUCAUGUUCUCUUUCAGUUGAAUAGAAUGUCACGUGUUAAAAAAGGAAUCAGUUUGACCAAGUAAUCACUAAAAGAAAUAUCCAAAAUACAGUAUAUUCUUUUAUUGUUUUGUUUUUUAAAGAAAUGUAUUGAAAUGUAUUCUUUAGGAUGUCUAUUUAUAGUAAUUGUUUUCUAUGAAUUAAUGUUAUAUGCUUUUGUUUGGUUCAUGCUGGAGACUAGAGGUGAGAAUUAUGGUUGUACAGGGAGAUAUGGGACUGGGAAGGGCCUAAAGAACUAGACUGGAAAAGAAGGGUUUCAGAACUAGCUACUUAAGUGGCUGUAGGCUAUGUAAACCUUCAGACACAUGGACUUGAAAGGAAAAGAGACUAUAUUGAAAUAUGAUAUAUGAACUGACUGAAAAAGACUGACACGAACAUGUAUAACCUAAUGGAAUUUAGACUGUACCAAAUAAAAGAUAUGAACCAAA